AUGAGGAAAACAUUGACCGUCAAUCAAGUUCAACCACGCAUUAGAGGAUGGACAGUCGUCAUACAAGUCAUUGAACGAGGUCAUAUCCUUGUAAGCCAAAAAGAUACUUCCGUCUCUUACCGCAGGUUCCUUUUCUGUGAUGCUGAGGGCACUAAUGUUUCAGUCUUUGCUUAUAACAAUAACAUAAGGGCCGGUGCUAAUCUCUUGAUCCCAUUCAAGAUAUAUCGUAUCUCUGGUGCCAGUCUAAAGAAAGUUGAUGACAGAUAUAGGGUGGGACCAUAUGACUUUUCUUGGACCAUCAACAACAAUACCCUCAUUCAGCCUUGUGAUGAUGUUGUCCCGACCCACCUCUAUUGCCAUAUGGACACUGAAAGAUUCGCAAACUUACACCGCUACGCGGACUCGGAAAACUUACAGAGUAAGUGUAUUAAUCUGUUGUAA